AGCUAGGACCACGUACCACAUUAGAAUUAAAAUUAAAUACUUCGAAAAUAUACCUGUAUUCUCCGAUCUUUAAUUAACGAAAUAGUGUAAAAUAUACUGGUAAUACCUGAUAUGGUAUAAUAAACUAAUUGAAUUAACGCGUUAUAUUUAUACUCCAUACUCUUGAAUAGGUGAAUUAUGAAAUAUCCCGUGGGAGCCCCACAGGUGAGACAGAGGAAAUACACAAUUGAUAUUUUUUGUGAAUACGGAAGGCGAUACUGUGUGGAUUUCGUGAUGAAGAAAAUCUUUUGGGAGUUAUGACAUCUUUUCCGUGAAACGAUCCCAAAGAAACAUUAUAUACAGAGUCAGUGAAUACCUGAAUUGUCUCAGAUCUAAUUACAGAUCAAAAUGCGGACUACCUCUUUUCAGCUGCGACUGUUACCAGCUUUUAUAGUAUUUACAUUGGUGGUGCAUGAGACUCUAGCUUGGCGAGUGGUUUUGAAAGUGGGAACAGGGGCGGACAUUUCUCCUGCUACAAGUAUAGAGAAUCUCUGGCUUUCUGACGUCACUGUUAAUGACGACCGUGCCACUUACCUUAACACACAUGAUACCUAUGUGGCCAGAUUCAGACCCACAUACAAAUCAGACAUCAUCAACAGCUGGGAAGGGAUAAACCACGUUAAAAUUUCUAUGUAUAAAGAGGGCAAAGAAGGGAUGUUUCUCAUUUUUAAUACAACUGGUCUCAACAGAAGAAACUUUUUCAACAUAUCCAACUUGGCAAGAAGUUCAUUUACAGAUCUGACACAAUCUGCUAUCAAAGAGAUGUCAAUCAUUGGAGGCCUGAACCGUAGUUUUGAGAUCCUCUCGGAUGACAAUGGACACUGUAUCAAUACAUAUGGCUGGAUGGCGGCCGUGAGCCAAAUUGGAUUGGGCAGCUGUUACUUCCAGGAGCCUGUCCCGUACUUCGUGUUCACAAACCAAACGAGGACAGUGUUCAACAAUAUGACUGUGGCAGAUGCGUUCGUGGUGUUUGUGGAUGACUGCGUGGACCAACCGUGUCAGAACGGAGGGGCGUGUACAGGGGGCCUGGACGGUUUCACGUGUCAGUGCCCCUCCCAGUUCUACGGCAAGACAUGUCAUAUUACAUGCCCAUGUGGAUAUGGACAAUGUCACAAAGUAACAGAGGAUGACAUCACAGACUCUGGCAUUGUCAUUAAUGGAACGUUUAUUAAUAACUCCAGUUUUAAUCUGAAUGACGAACGUUUUGUGUUGGCCUGCGAGUGUACACGGGGUUAUGAAGGCCUCUACUGCAACAAAAAUGCCGAUGAUUGUAAUGGUAACCCUUGCAAGAACGGCGGAGUGUGCGUGGACAAGCUGAAUGGUUAUGACUGUGACUGUCCAGUGGGAGUGUCCGGGUCCAGUUGUGAAUUUGUGAGUCCGGAGCAGGACAGCGAUAUGAAGUCCGGCGGGGUGGUCGCUGCCGCUGUCACCGUGCCAUUAGUGCUGAUCGUCCUCGGCGCCAUGAUCGGUUAUGGUGUGUACCUCUACAAAAAUCCCGAGGGAUUCGGGCGAUCUACCACAUACAAGCAGUUUGCCGUUGCCAGAGAUUUUGUGCGGCGAAGUUUCCGUAGAAUGUCGGGACGUAAACCUAGACCUCCAGGACGUCUUAGGGAGGAAGGGUCGGGCCAGAAAGAUGAAAAGUCAGGCUUUGACAACUUGGGCUUUAAUGAAGGCGUCGGAACUGGAGGAUCUGUUCCUGUUUACCACAGAGAAAAUUCGGAAAUGUAUGAACUGUCUGCAAACGACCAAUCAGUGGUCACUGGACCCAACACGCAGUAUGAGAAGUUAAAUAUGAACAACAGACCAAAGGAAAACCAAUAUCAGGAACUGAAAGGAAACAAGAGUCAGGAAGCUGCAGUUUCGAAUAGUCGACCGCGUCAGAUGGGUCGUCAGAACAGACAAAAAUAUGAUGACGUCCCGCCUAGUUACAACCAAAUUAACAAAGAGCAUCAAUACGAACAUCAAAGUGCAAACAGCAGACAGGCAACAGGAGCUUCCCAAAACCAACCUCAUCAAAGUGCACCACCAAGUAAUUCAAAAUACGAACCCCCCCAUGUGGAUUCCCAUCGAAAUCCCAAGAGCACUUCGUACAACGCAUACCGACCACAACACCUGAACACAGGUGAGCGACAGCAGGAAUACGACUCACGUAGUCUACACGUGGGCGACAAUGAACCAGCUACAGAAAACAUUCCUUAUAAGUACAUGGAUGAUCGUUCUCCUUCUUCACCAUAUGGACCAAACCUACGACACAUUCCCAAUGCCCGGGAUGGUAAUCGUCUUGCAGACGCCAUUCCGAGAUACAGAGACGAUCGCUCUCCUUCAUCCCCUGAUGGUCAGAACCAACAAAGAGUCCAGAACUCGCGUACCCCACAGGUACUUGCCAACCAAACAGAAAACACCCCAUACGAUCGAUAUCGGGGAGAUCAGUCGGCUUCUCCACCUUAUCAACAGUCAGGCUACGACCCACGCGGUCCUCGCGUCCGUGAUGGCAAUCUGGCUGAUGAAAACAUCCCAUAUGACAGAUACAGAGGCGAUCGUUCUCCCUCGUCUCCUUAUGGACAGAAUCAAAGAUCUCCAGGGUGGGGAGGUCAUGAUCCACAGGAUCGAUAUAAGCACCCCUCUUCUUCUGGCUACAGAGGAGUGGAUCCGACGGACCGAUACAAUACAGGCGGUGCUCCGUUGAAUCCGACGGACCGAUACAAUGCAGGUGGUGCUCCGGUGAAUCCGAAUGAUCGAUACAACACGGACGUUUCUCCUGGUGCGAGUAGACCGGAAGAGAUUGUGUUCGUUUCCACCGACCACAUGAAAGAAGUCUCAAUCUGAAUAGUUGGAGUAGCACUUGCCCUUACAAUAAUUUAAGCAUGACGCUGGGAACUCCGUCGGUGAAGUUAUAGGAUAUAUAAGUAAAAUAUUCUGUAAAAGCUCUAAUAUCAUGGAAAUCCUUGAUGAAACCGGUAAGUUACUAGGAUUGUAAAUCCAUUGCGAACUGGAGAUUCGGUGCCAUAAUAAUAGUGCUCAUAAAAGUGAAUAAAUGAUAGACCAUGAUAAUACUUAUUGUCUAAUAUUUAAUCAAGAAUUAUUUAUAUAAUAUGAUUUUGUAUCAUGAGAUUGAGCACUGUUCGUUAUCUUCACUUUUUCGUUUUGACCUCUAUGCACGUUCAUUUUCCAUACCUUGAUUUAUUUUUUGAUGUAAUUACUGAUCUCAUAAUAUUUUGUAUAAUUGUGAAUUCGUGAACUUUAGACAUUAUUAACUGCAUAUUCCAUAUGUACCGUUUCUCUACGGGCAACAUUAUACUGACUUCACGAAUACUAGUAUUCCAUGUGCACUGUUUAUAUAUGUUCUGUCUUGCCUGUUGUAAUUAUUUCUGUUGAUGUUUGUCUUGCACGUAACAUGCACUAAUAAUAUAAUAUAAGUCUUGUGCCAAUGUUUCCUACAUAAACUAAUACACUUGGAUCCGCUCCUCAUCGUAACGCUACUUGUAAAACACCAACAUUUUUUCCUAAUACCGUCAGGGAUUAUUGUAUGAAAAUUCCACUGGGCUUAGAACGAUGUUCCUUGUUCAAACAACAACUUUUGCUAGUGACUUUAUGUAUGUAUAAUAUGUUUGUAAUUUUAUAUGCAAAUAUUGCAGAUGAUAGGUAUAUAUAUAUAUAAAUAUUUAGAUAUAUUAAUCAAGAUUUAUAAUAUUUUGUACGUACAUUGUAUGACACACUUGUAAUCAAAAUUGAAUGUUUUGCUAGGAAAUACAUUACAGUGAAAAUAAAUCCAGAUUAACAUGUGCA